AUGAUCUCCCGCAAUCUUGGUCCAGAACUUGGUGGCGCUGUCGGCAUUCUCUUCUAUUUGGGAACCACCAUAGCAGCAUCUAUGUACCUUACUGGAGCUGUUGAAAUAUUCUUGCUCUACAUCAUGCCGGAAGCAAAACUGUUCGAGAGUAUUUACAACAAUUUUCGUUUAUUUGGCUCCGUCCUACUGCUGUUGGUUGGCAUGAUUGUUUUAGCUGGUGUAAAGGUGGUCAACAAAUUUGCCUUGCCGCUCGUGUUCGUCGUGUUGCUAUGUAUAUUUUCUGCAUUUCUUGGUGCCUUCGUGAAAUUCAAUGGAACAGAUCAGCUUAAGUAA